CACGUAGUUCCAGCUUGCUAUUUUUUUUUACAGAACAAAAGAACGAAAAAUUAAGAAAUGGCGAAGUCAAAGAACCAUACAAAUCAUAAUCAAAGUAGAAAAGCUCAUCGCAAUGGUAUUCAAAAGCCAAAAAGAUAUAGGCACGAAUCUACUUUAGGUAUGGAUCUCAAAUUUUUACGCAAUCAGCGAUUUGCGAAGAAACAUAAUCUCAAACCUAAGGCACAAUUGAAGAAAGCUGCAGAGCGAAAGGCUGCUAAGGAAUCUAAGAAAUAGAUUUAUUGUAAUGAGGCGUUUUUAAUUUAAUAAAAACUUGUCA